UGCGCGGCGCCGCCGGCCGGGCUCCGCCAUGGCUUCGGCCGCCGCCGCCGCCGCCCGCUCCGCCGAGGAGCCGCCGCCGCCCGAGCCGUCCGCCGAGCAGAAGCCGCUGCUGCUGCCGCCGCCACCCCCGCAGGAGGAGUUCUCCUUCCUGCCGCUCGUCCACGACAUCAUCAAAUGCAUGGACAAGGACAGCCAAGAUGUUCACCAGGUGCUGAAUGAGCUCAAGAACAAGUUCCAGGAGAUGAGGAAGCUGAUCAGCUCCAUGCCUGGCAUCGGAGUGAGCCCAGAACAGCAGCAGCAGCAGCUGCAGAGCCUGCGGGAGCAGGUCCGGACCAAAAACGAACUGCUGCAGAAGUACAAAAGCCUCUGCAUGUUUGAAAUCCCCAAGGAGUAGGAGGGGCACAGCUCUGCUUUGCAGCUCCAAGAUACCUCCUCUCCUGGCUGAACAGGAGGGAAAGGUGGCAGGAGUUUCCUUCUCUUUCUUUGAUGCUGUUUUUGGUGGUGUUGCUCUGAGGCGGUGUCUGUGUGGAUGGCAGGUGUGAGGCUGAGCCAGAGCACUGUGUGCUUCACCUGUGGUGACUGCAGCAGGACCUUCGCUUUGAUCUGCUCUGGGACUGCACAUUUCUAGAAGCAUCUCCCCUGUUUUCUCUUGGGGUGGAGUGAGGUUUGGUUUUUGCAUUCAAGCAAGCAGGAGAUGUUAUGUUUUCUCCUCAUUAAGGGUCGAAAUACCUGCUGGUUAACUUCAGCAGGGGAAAAAGGAGACAUUUUCUGCGUUCUUUUUUUUAACCUAAAAUUGGCCAAAAAUCCAAAGGGAGCACAAGAGGGAAGUGUGAACUGUUUGGCCCUGCUCCUGAAAAGUUUCUCUGGGGUACUUUCUGGUCUGUGUAUGUUGAAAGAGGAAUGAUUGCUUUCAGUUGCUUCUGUGUUUCCCUCUCUUCCUCUCUUUCUAACCAAGAGAUGGUUGUGUAUGAGAUGAGUAAAGAUUUAGAAACCCCAAACUGCCCCUCUUGUGUGGUCACUGAGUGAGUGCAGCCUGAGCUGGGGCAGGGCUUUGGCAGCACAGAGGACGUGUGGCCUGGGUCCAGCUUCCGUGUCUUGACAUCGCUCUUUUUGGUAGGAGAGUGACUUGGGAGAGCAAAGCAGGGACCACCAGGAGGGGAUUUUGAUAGGCUUUGGGUGGUAAAUCUUCUUGGGUGAGUGCAGCUUGUAGGUAGUACAUUGGGCAUCUUGCUCUUCAAGCAGAGAGGAGCGAGCAGACCAGCACAAAGGCCAGAAAUGAGCAGAGCUUUAAGUCACUCCACGUGACAGAAGUCGGGCUCAACAGGACGGAUCAGUUCCACAUCCGAAGUGCUCCAGGGGUUUCCCACAAACACAAGCACUUGAGUGGCUUGAACGUUUGCCAGCAGCUGAUGGAAAACUCCUCAAUGUCACAUUCAGACAGAUCCUAGGGCUCCCUGCCCUCUGUCCUGCCAUUAGCUCUUACGGCGGCAGAUGACAGUCUGGAAAGCAGCACCGCAUCUUGCCCACUAACAAAGAUGUUGCAGGACCUUGAGUCUCAUGGUUCUCUGAAUCCUGCUGAACGAUGCUGCAGGUCUG